AUGAAGAUGUCCACUCCGACCACUGAUGCCCGCACCGACGCUGCAAGCAGGAAACGCAAAGCACCGCACGACACAGCUACUAAGGCGCGCCAGCAAGGUGAUCCCCCUACCAAUUCUGGCGACGCGAGGGCUCCAAAAAGACUCAAAGUCUCGGCGACGAACGAGGAGUCUCUUGCACAGGUUUCAGAUGUCAACGACUCAAUCUCUGUGGCUUCUGAAGGCAUUGACAUAGAGAUGACCGGUGUCACACAGGCGGCAACUGUCUCAACAUCAGUCGAGGAGGAGAAGAUGUCACUCCGGUCACCUGUAGGAUUACAUGGCGAUGCUGUACAUGCCAUGAAAGCAAAGUCUGCAUUUCCAGCGAUCAACCCAGGUAAUCACUUCAGCACGACUCUACCAGCGACCCGUCAACCGUGGCCAUACCAUUUCCCCCAAGCACAUUGUGUUUACAGCCAGAACACCAAUUGUCCGGUCAACUGGGUGGCGUUCAGAAACAUCCCUCUGUCUCAGAGACGGGUGUAUGAGCUUCGCCGCCCCUGGAGCAAGGACCCAGCACCAUGGGACACAGUAAGGAUGGAUUUGGCAAAGCUUGAGUCCAAACCUGCUCUGAGUGCAGAGGGAGUGAGGAAGCGCUUUGCAAAGGUCAACAAGGUCAUCUUCCAGACAACUGGUGUCUAUUUUGUGUGCAAUGGUCACGGCCUGCAGCCGGAUUAUGGCGUUCCAAACGACACCGACAUGUCAGGCAUGUUGAAAGGACAUGGAGAAACCACGCUAGGAAGCUCGAUGAAGGCUGCAAAGGCCUGCAAAGACAGUCAGUGGGAGGCAGAUCGUAUUGAGGAAGAUGAAGUUACUACCCUCGUGUUGCAGUUGCCGGGGCAGUCUUUCCGCGCAAUUCGCCACGUCACCAAGGACAUCAUGGCGAACCUCGAGAUUUCAGACGGCCAAACCCUACCGUAUGCAGCCACGACUUUCGAUCGCUGGUACAGCUGCUUGUACUUCGGACAUCGCCACAGUCUCCCAAAGCGAGUCUACAAAUUGAAGCAGCAACCCGACCGCUCUUAUACAUCCGUUGAUGAAGGCACGCCAAAGGUCACUAUACAGACACUACUAGAGACGUACUGCCUUUCUCAACUCGCUGGUACUACAUCCGUUAGCGAUAUGUUACUGGACGAGAUAACGCAAUCUCUAGAGAAUGAGAAGGUGUUGUACGAGACGUACGGGACCGGUGCCAUUUGCAAGGAAGACUGCAACGACGUCGUGCGCCUACUAGACCUCCAGCCGGAGGAUAUUCAAAGGAUCUGGAAGACCACCAAAGUUCAUGAUCCGAUCCGAAAGCUGCUGAUCGAUCUCUUCUUGCACAAGCUGGAUGCGGCAGAGGAAGAUGAAGAACUCGAUCAGAAAAUUCGAACCGAUGCACUUCGCCUUUCUCGUUGUGCUUGCCAGUUGUGGGAAGACUUUGCUGAUCAACGCCAACGGAAAGUCGUCGAAAGCUUCAUGGAGCCAUUGGAUCCCAGCAGCUUCUGUGCGAAGUAUCACAACCAUCAUAAGAACAGGUCAUGUUAUCGUUCGAUUCUGCCUUCAGAGCGUUCGGUAUACAUGAUUGACGACACCCUUGACGAGCCGAAUGUCCAUCUGCUCGAAGUCAAGGGUGUCGCAUGGUACCGAAUCGUCAACAAGACGGGUGAUCGCUUGGAUCUAGAUGCUCUUCGUGCGGACAAGCCUCGUUGGGAUUGGGAGCGUGUUCGCUCGAUAAACUCGUGGAUCUAUAUCAAGCCCAAAGGCCCUCAACAUCGACAGCCGCAUCCUGUCUACUUCGACCCGAGCGAGAUGGAUCGCAAGAGACGUUUCUCUUCGCACCCCGGGUACCAGCGGAAGAAUUGGACUCAAGGUGUCAACGACUAUGAGAAGGAGGAUGGUUGA